AAGUUUCAAAUAGAAGAAGGACGGAUAAAAAGACACAACUCUUGAGACUUAAAUGAAGUCAGCUUUGGAUUAGAUGUUUCUCCUGUCAUUUUGCAUCACAGAAAGAGAAAAGAGCAGUAAAAUGAACAUGGACAGCAGUUCAGGUCAGUGCAGGUCGUGCGUGAAAUUUCAUGAGAAAUGUUUUAACUCAUAUUGACUUCUGAUUGUAGAUGUUGGCAUCUUGGUAAAUCUGAGCAGAGUUUGACAUCUCUUCUGAAGCGAGAGAAGACAUAAGACUUGAGUAAAAGUCUUUGCUGUGUAGAAACUAUUAAGACAUGAUCUUUUUUUUGUUCCUGGGAAUGUGAGCAGUGAUGUCAUGUAUCUAUGCUGUUUGUCUCAAUCGAGGGGGUGGGAACAGGUUGAGGGAAGGAUUUUGGCCCGUGCUAUAUGGCUAUAAGACAGCAGACGCACUUAUGUUCCUUCAAUUGAACCACAAUAACAGGGAUUAUUUCAUGCGCGUGUCUCCGCUGACCACUGGAACAAACCUCCAGCACAGGAACUGAGGAGGAUGAAGAUGAGGAUGAGGAGCGCUCUGAACCUGCUGUCUCUGGUCUGUCUGUGUGUGGCACAAAAGAAGUGGACCCAGGACACGUCCGAGUGGGACCACCGAGAUAAACCAAACAGCAGGAGCUGCUCAAACUUGACACAGGUGCUGGACAACUGGAAAUAUGCCAUCAUGUACCAGGUGAAGGACAUGCUGGUCAACGAUCACGCGUCCAUCUUACCAGAAUACGUCAGGAUCCAGCCCCUCUCAGAUGCUGUAGGAGACCUUUAUAAGCAGUUCAACACUCUGAAGGAGAACCUGGCGAAGCUGACCAACAAGUUUGACAAGAUAGAAAGCUUUGUGGACGAGAUCCAAGCAGGGAAAUUUCCCAGGCCAAAGCUCUGGGUGCCACCAAGACUCCCAGUCAGGAGAAUCCCACAUCAGAUGACAGUGAGAAGUCCUGCAAAAGUCCCAGGUAAAUCAGUGUGGGCUCAGAGGAGAGCCAGAAGAGGUCCUGGGACUUAACAGACUACAGUAAGUCCAGAGAGGCAGCUGAUCAGCUUACUGGAUCUGGACACAUAAUCAUAAUGCUUUUCUAAUAGUAGCCUGCUUAAACCAGAGAUAAGCCUGUCAUGUUUAAACCAAUAGUUCAUCCAAAAAUGAACAAAUGAUGAAAAUGUACUCAAUCUCGGGCCAUCCAAGACGUUUUUCUUUGCUUCAUCAGAACAGACAGACCUGGACAAAUUUAGCUUUACAUCACUUCAGCAAUGGGUGCUCUGCAGUGAAUGGGUGCCGUCAGAAUGAGAGUCCAAACAGCUGAUAAACACAUCACAAUAAUCCACAAGUAAUCAACACCAGUCCAGUCUAAUAAUUAAUGUCUUGCGAAAAGUUGCAGAAAACACAUAAUUCUUUAUCUUCAAACCAUUACUUCUGGGUAAAAAAUUGAGUCCUCUAUAAUACUGCCUUCUUCAGUGAAAACAUCAUCUGGUCUGAAUCAGGAGAGAAAUAUGCACUGAUCAGGCUUACAAGUUUACAAGCAAAAACAGCCCAAACAGAUCUAAACAAACAGGUGUCUUGUUGAAAGGACUACAGGAGAUGGACUUUUCACUGGAGGAAGCAUUGUUAUGAAUUAUGUUAAAACAUAAAAGUUAAAACAUCCUGAUCAACUUUUUUCUUAUAAACAUGUACAUUUACUUCACGAGAUGUUAAUUCAUUAACUGAUGGGGUGUGGAUUACUUGUGGAUUAUUGUGCUGUUUUUAUCAGCUGUUCGGACUCAUUCUGACGGCACCCAUUCACUGCAGAGGAUCUAUUGGUGAAUUACUGCCAUAAUGCUACAUUCUCCAAAUCUGUUCUGAUGAAGAAAUAAACUCAUAUACCACUCAUCUUGGAUCGCCUGAGGGUGAGUACAUUUUCAGCACAAUUGUAGUUUUUGGGAGGACUAUUGCUUUAUUACAGAGUACAUUCUGGGAUUUACAAUGUUUUAUAUUACAAAAUAUUACAGACUUACCUACGUCAUAACCUGACUGUAUGGGACAUAAUGCUUAUGAAAGGAACAAUGGGUUAUUUGUAAAGUAUGAAGGAGUUUGACAUUUCUGUGUGCACAAAUGGUUUAGAAAUAUUAACAAACAUGUAGAUCAUAUCACAAAUACUUUAAUCUUUUAAUAUUAGAGAUAUAACAGUGGUAAAUAUGUGUUAAUUUCGAGUUAAACUGUGAAAAAAACAACAGUUCUUAUGUAUGGUAUGAUAUAUUAAAUACAGAUAUUUUCACUAUUUUCCUCUUUUGCUAAUUCACAAGAGAUUAUAAUGUGCAUGUAAAUACUGUAAACAUGGGGUUUUAUUGCAAAUACCCACAAGUAUGUGUGUAUGUUUGAGCAUAUUUAUCACAACACAUUACUCAAAUACAACUCAAAUGAUAAGCACAUCAGCGCAUCUCACUGUUGCAUGCUAGAAGAAGCUAGUUAAAACCAUGAACAACAGCUCACAAUUACUAUUACUGUGCUUAAAAAAAGAAAGAAAGUACAUCAGUGUUGAACAGCUGAAAAAGCUGAAUAAAACGAUGUUUCUGAAAUAUUUCUGAUGAACAGUCUCUGAACAUCUGAACGCGUUUAUUGCAUUUGUUGAGUUUCUGCCUAAAUCUAAACAUGAAUAUAUCAUUUGACUUUCAUGAACGCAGAUGUGCUGGAUGAAAGAAACCAUCGUUCAUUCUUUCCACAAGUGUUUCUUAUAUACGAUGCUGUAACUAGCAAAACAAUAUUCUUACAAUAUUUCAUGCUACAUGCAUAAUAUUCAAUAGUUUCUUGUUAUUUUGCAUGCAUGUGUCUUGUCUAAAUGAGGAUAACCUUUAUAUUAUAAUGUGUGUGUGUGUGUGUGUGUGUGUGUGUGUGUGUGUGUGUGUGUCUGUGUUGUCAAUUUUUUUUUUACAAAUUCAUGCAACAGCUGUCUGAAGUCUUGGUUGAUAUAACAUUCUUUGUAUGGUGUUUGUUUUGAAAAUAAGCUUUGAAGUCUGAAAUGGAAAUAAAUGGUCAUUGUCAGUCUGGUCA